AUGCUACACGCUGUUAUGCUAGGUAGCGGUCCGGGUCGAGGGAGACACGAAUGGUAUCCGGGAUUUUAUCUGCAACGUCGACGACUUGGAUGCAGGAUGAACCGCGGGGAACAAGAGACCCUAUUCAGGCAGAGCAGGCAGCUCACGAGGAUCGUGCCGUCUCACGAAGAUCUGGUGCUGAGCGUGCUUAAAUCGCCGAUCAGCCAGCACCAGCAACAGCAACGCCAGCAGUAUCGUCCUACGCACCAUUCUCACGAGCACCAUGUUAACUGCCAAGGUCACCAGAAUCAUAAGAAGUGCAUGCAUUCAGGUGAGACCAACGAGAGUCUUCCACGAAGCAAGGACCAAUGCUCUAGGCUCACGGAAAAGCGGUCGAACGCCGCGGCCGCGUAUGCUGCCCUGCAGGCCAGCGAGGACGAGCUCAUUGCCGAGCACUGCCUCGAGUCGGAAGAUGCGGCCUUAAACACGCCGGGUAGCGAAACCGAGGAUACGGAAGAUAAUGGCGCGCAGAUGGAGGAGGCUACCUCCUCCCCUAACCGCCGUUUCACCUUCCUCAGACGUUUCCGAUCGCCGAGAUUCGGCGAGGCACACCAUAAGAGGGUACCUACGCCGAUGAAGAGAAAAUAUCGGCGGAAGAAGAGCAAGGACGAUAUCAUCGACAAUGAUAUGAACGCCGCGGAGGUCGAGCCGUCUAGUCUGAAUCAAGUCGACGUGCCCGACCCUUAUUAUCCGAUCUAUCUGCCAAUCGAUCAGGCCUUCAAGGCCAAGUACGUGUUCCAUCACAAGAAGGGCAAGACGUUUCAGGAGAGGCUGUACGUGUUCCUGGAACAUCCCGGUGGAUGGAUCUGCUUCAUCUAUCAUUUCACUGUGUUCAUGGUGGUAUUGGUGUGCCUCAUAUUUAGUGUUUUGUCAACGAUAGACCAGUACAGUAACUUCGCAAACGAAACCCUCUUUUGGAUGGAAAUAUGUUUGGUGGUGUUCUUCGGCGUGGAGUACCUGGUGAGGCUAUGGAGCGCGGGCUGCAGGUCGAAGUAUAUGGGCUGCUGCGGCAGACUCCGUUUCAUACGGAAACCGAUUUGUAUCAUAGAUUUAAUCGUGGUGGUCGCGUCCAUGGUGGUGUUGUCAGUAGGAAGCAACGGUCAAGUGUUUGCCACUUCUGCCAUAAGAGGCAUCCGAUUUUUGCAGAUACUGCGAAUGCUUCAUGUCGAUCGACAAGGCGGCACGUGGCGACUUCUCGGCUCUGUCGUUUUUAUUCAUCGUCAGGAGCUGCUCACGACGUUGUACAUCGGGUUCCUGGGUCUUAUUUUCAGCAGCUACUUCGUGUAUCUUGCCGAAAAAGAUGUUGUCGGACCCGAUGGAAAAACAGAUUUUUCCAGCUACGCCGAUGCACUGUGGUGGGGAGUGAUUACCGUGACCACGAUCGGUUACGGUGAUGCUGUUCCUCAAACGUGGAUGGGGAAGAUAGUCGCUUCGUGCUUUAGCGUUUUCGCUAUAUCCUUUUUCGCACUUCCAGCCGGAAUACUGGGUUCCGGUUUCGCGCUGAAGGUUCAGCAAAAGCAACGACAGAAACACUUCAACAGGCAGAUACCCGCAGCCGCCAUGUUGAUACAAUGCCUGUGGAGGUGUUACGCGGCGGACAAAGCCAUCAACAGCGUCGCCACGUGGAACAUCUACAUCAAGGAUCCAGCACCCACCGGACAGCCAUCCACGCCUUUGGGAAAGUUGAUUUGUGUAAAGAAGAUGGUGGCAAAGAAGGCGAGCGUACUGAAGAGGCGGAAGUCGAGGAACCGGAUGGACAUGCAGCAGCAGCAGCAGUCGUUGCCGCCGGUCACGAUAUCCGGUGGCGUGUCCAGUGGUGGCGCCACCGGCGACGCUGGCGGCCAGAACGACAACCAGCGAAUGGAGAACGAGGGUGACGUUAUCUUCUACAUGGAGGAACCGAAAGCUGGCACGCUUAAUCGUGCUAGGCGCGACAACCGGGGAAGCCUCUUCACCUCGCAGACGAGCUCCGUCACGGAGGCCACCAGUGACGAAAUUGACAUUGACAUCGAGGAACCGCAGAGGGUCACCACGCUAACGGAAGCACAUCGAAAUGCCAUAAGGGCAAUCAGGAAGAUCAAGUACUUCGUGGCCAGGAGGAAGUUCCAGCAAGCACGGAAACCGUACGACGUGCGCGAUGUGAUCGAACAGUAUAGUCAAGGCCACCUGAACAUGAUGGUUCGAAUCAAGGAGUUGCAGAGAAGAUUGGACCAGACCCUGGGCAAACCAGGCAGCUACCUAGCAGGAAUCGACCGAGCAGGCAACGUGAAACCGAUGACUAUAGGCGCACGCUUAUACAGGGUCGAGCAGCAGUUGUCCGUGAUGGACAAGAAAUUGGACCAGCUGGUCUACGUGCUGAACGCGGUGGCACAAAAGCAACAAAUACCCCUGAGGAGUAUAGAGGACGACGUGUAACAGAAAGCCCCUGGCGAGCUCGUGCCAUCUGUUUCGCGAUCACCGGCAAUCCCGUGGACUUUGCCCCGUGUUACCAUA